CCGAGCCUCCGCACCCCGCCGGCGCCGCCGCCGCCGCCACACGGCAGAGUUUAAGAUGAUGGCUGGGAGGAGUCAGAGCCGGAGUUUUCAUGGCGCGGCAGUCCAGCCUGUGGGGAACAGCCACAUGUAUCCGUUCGGGAAUAACGCGGACCCGGAUAUCUCAGAAGAAGAUGGCGAGGUGUAUGAGCUGCGACCGAGGGGAAGAGAGAAAAACCGGAGGAGUUCAUCAAGGGAUAGAUGCGAUGAUAUCGUAUUAUUAACAAAGGAUAUUCAGGAGGGAGACACUCUAAUUGCAAUAGCCCUUCAGUAUUGCUGCUCAGUAGCAGAUAUCAAAAGGGUGAACAAUCUUAUCAGCGAUCAGGACUUUUUCGCUCUGCGGUCCGUCAAGAUUCCGGUGAAGAAGUUCAGCGUGUUGACUGAAACGCACUACUCUCCCAAAGGACGGCCGCCUUUACACCCUGCAGCUGCCCCCGGGCCGCAGGACGCCGCGCCAGCGUCCGACCCUCCCUCUCCUAAUGAGACUGCCGGCGGCUUUCUCCAAGAAGUCGACCGGGACAUCGAACAGAUAGUCCGGUGCACGGACACCAAGAAGGAGAACCUCAACGAAGUGGUGUCCGCCUUGGCCACCCAACAGGUGUGUUUCGAACCUGAAGGCAAAAGCGUCCGGCGGAAAGACCCCUAUUACGGCGCAGACUGGGGGAUAGGCUGGUGGACGGCGGUGGUGAUAAUGUUGAUAGUGGGCAUCGUCACGCCGGUUUUCUACCUGCUCUACUAUGAGGUCUUGGUGAAAGUGGACGUUAGCCACCAUUCAACAGUUGAAUCUUCGCCGUCGCAUUCGGGAGUCACCCCGCCAUCGCCACAGAGAGAAGCGGGAAAUGGACCCGCAGUGACCCGAGGGUCGCACGCUGGCCGGCCGGACCCUAAGCCCCCGGCUCGAAAUGCCCAAGCCCCUGCUGCAAGCCAGCAUGUAACGUAGCAUUUGGUUGCGUGCAUCUGGAGUGCAGCAAAUUGGCCUGACACGUGCAACCGUUUUGUCACUCUAAGGACAGUAUUUCUGUUUGUUAAGGAUGCAGACGUUAAUUUUUAGUCUCUUUGUUUGUUUGAGCCAUUUACCCGUGGAUCAUAUGUGAGGCUGGCUAGGUUUUCUGUUAAUUGUAGUCCGUGGACAGAUCGCCUAGCCGGCGUUUUGGCUAACAGUACUGUUUUGCCCCCCAAAAGGAUUUAAAUAGACAUAGAAAGUUCUCAAUUUGCACCCUUUUUCUUAUUUAAUGAUAGCUGGCUUCUGUGAAUCUUUAUUUUCCUAAGUAGUUUUUUUUUUUAAUUUAAGGCAUUGACGUUCAGGUUAUUAAAUGGUAGUAUUCGAUGUACGCACCGAGAACAGCUCACUGAUUACCGUGGAGAGCACUGAAAUUCAUUAUCCUGGAAUCUAUUCUUUGUGAUGGUUGGUUGAUUUAAAAAAAUGAACGUAGUUCUAGUCUAGAAGCGUUUGGUGAUAUUGCACUCUGAUUAGGAUCUGAAAAUAUCUAAUUUUUUGAAAUCACAAUUGACAUGUGUAACCUAAUAGAUUGGGGGAGAAAACUGAAAUGUUUGCUAAGUCGCCCGUGAACGUCAUAUUUCGUGACAGAGGAGUUCUUUUACUAAAAGAAGUUGCUGUGGUGUAGAGGUUAGAGCCCUGGGUUGAGUUGGGAGGUGUGAAAUCUUUGCAGCCCAGACAAGGUCGCAACUUUUAUGCUUCAGUGUCUCCGACUGUAAAGCGAUUCUUCUCGCUUCGGAUCUGUAAGCGCUUCGAGGUUUUGAGCAGACAGGUGCUUCAUCUAUAUAAGGUGCUAUUGCACGGGAAAUAUUUUGCAACAGACCAUGAUAAAUCGUCGUUGCACCACAUGUGGUAACAAGCCUUAAUGAAAUGUGAUGCCUCAAUUAAAUAUUACUCAGUAGUGACGUGUUGAUUUUAUUUUUAUUUUUUGAAUCAGAAAUAUCCCUUUAGAGGGUCUUAGGUUUCCCAAGCGUUAAAAACUGACCCCUCCCCACCCCCCACCAGAUUUCAGCCAGUGUUGGUUUUAUUGUGUAGUAUCGUGUGUUGCCCAAGAUUGUUGACUAAGCGGAAUCAGGUUAAACAGGGUGAUUUGUGCUUGUAUCAGCAGGCCGAAUAGAGAUCCAGAGGGUGGGGAUCUCAUUGGUCUUUAUUGAUUUUUUUUUUUUAAACCAAGGGACUCUCACACCCUUGGGUGAGUAAGCUUGAGGAGUGAGUAGUUGUAGAGAGUAGUCUGUUAGAGUAGUAGCGUGUCCUGGGAGUUGGUGAGCAGAGAGCUGUGCAAGACCUGCUUGGGUUGAUGCUUCCUGUGAUCAGGUCUGAGGAGCUUGCUUGCCUUUAAAUGUUCCUAGACCAGCUGCAAUCUGCCUCUGGGUUGCAGGCGGAUGAAACGAAACGCCUUGAUCUCUCCUUUUUGUGAGGAAACCGAAACAGAAGGGGUGCUGCAAUAGGAGGUAGCUGUUGUGGAGUUUGGGGUUUGCUUUUUUAACGUGUCAUUACGGUUGGUGUGUUUUAACGCAAGGUGUAAAUCAUCGACUCAGUCUGCACGUUAUUUCCCACACGGUGGUAAAGCUUGGGGUUUGCUUUUUUAACGUGUCAUUACGGUUGGUGUGUUUUAACGCGAGGUGUAAAUCAUCGACUCAGUCUGCACGUUAUUUCCCACACGGUGGUAAAGCGAGUGGAGGAUUUCAGCUCCACUCCGUCUGUAAUGUGACAGGUGAGUAAACUUGCCCAGCAGAGAUUAGAUGAUGUAUUUUUAGGAACAAAACCAGCCCUUUCGUAAAUGGAAGGGAGGGGAGGAAACUCCUAUCCCUUGAUGAUCUUUGACAGGUUACCAGAAAGUGUUAAUAGUUAAUGUUUUGACUGAUAAAAAUCAGAGAAAUGAGCAACUGUCCAUUUAGUCUAGCUGAAUGCCUGUGUAAUUAUAAAUGGCACUUUCUAGUUUCUGAAUCCUGACUGAUGUUUGUGCUAAGGAGAGCUUGAAGAGAAGGCAAUCUAUUAUUGAGCCUACUUCUAAUGCCUAGAUUUCCUUUUUAGCUCUGCUUUGUAGAUCUGUACGGUAUCUUUGGCAGAAACACUAAGGCGGCUGUCGAACGCAUUGCUGCUGCAAACGCCCCAGGCAGAGUCUGAAAGACUUCAGUCCCCAGCUGGCCUCCCGGGCAGAUCCCAGGUAGCAAUUUUAGGCACUGGGAGAAUCGAGCACAGUAUUAAACUAGUCCUAAAUUAUGGAGUAUUGACCUGCUGCAGAAGUUAGAGUUGUAAACUAGGAGGGGGAAAUCAUUUGAUGAAGAAGGCUUGAGUCAGGCUCAUCCUUAAUUUGGUAGUUGGGCGGGGGGGGGUGGCAGUCAUGUGAAGAAGUGGCUCUGCCGAAACAUUUGUGAGAUUCUAGAAGAAGCGAUCAUUGCUUUUUGCCAGUGGGAAGUGGUACCAGGAAAUUAGAAUCUGCGCAAUCUCUGAUAGGAAAGCUUUUCGACGUCCUCUUCAUUUGGCCGUUUGAAACAUACUUGAAAGGAAGGACAGUUUAGCCCUUUUUUGCAGAACUUGUUAGUUUCUGAGGAAGGUAAAUUGAGCACAAAUUUGAAGUGCUAGACAUUUUUCAUGUAUGCCUUAUAUAUCAUCAUCAUCAUCAAUCGUAUUUAUUGAGCGCUUACUAUGUGCAGAGCACUGUACUAAGCGCUU